GCGUGGGGAAAAUGUCUGCGCACUGCAUUGCGGUGUGAGCGACGUGGGGAGUCCUCUUCCAAGAAAGCCGGCCUGUAUCCAGUACCCCACGGGCUCAAUCAAACAAGCUAUUACGUAGACCACCGUGGUCUACGCAUAUUCAGAACGUUUGACAGAAAUCAUGGAUGGACACGCCCCCGCUGUGGCUCGCGAGGCGGUGCUCAAAGAGAGCUCCGCGCUCCCGAAGGACAUGCCGAGGAUCAAGGGCUACGACUUCAACCAGGGGGUGGACCUCCGAGCCCUGCUGCAGUCCUACAGCACCACCGGCUUCCAGGCCAGCAGCUUCUCACAGGCUGUUCAGGAGAUCAAUAAGAUGAUAGAGAAGCGGCUUGAUCCGGUGGAGGAAGAGGAGGGCAGCGAGACCUCUGACCCCCAGCGACCCCGCUCGGGCUGCACCAUCUUCCUGGGGUACACCUCCAACCUCAUCAGCUCUGGAGUGAGAGAGUCCAUCCGUUACCUUGCCCAGCACAAAAUGGUGGAUGUGAUCGUGACGACGGCAGGAGGGAUAGAAGAGGACCUUAUUAAGUGUUUGGCCCCCACCUUCCUGGGAGAUUUCAGCCUGCCAGGCAAAGAGCUGAGAGAGAGGGGGAUCAACAGGAUAGGGAACCUCCUGGUGCCCAAUGAGAACUACUGCAAGUUUGAGGACUGGCUGAUGCCCAUCCUGGAUCAGAUGGUACAGGAACAGAAAACAGAGGGAAUGCACUGGACCCCUUCCAAGAUGAUACAUCGUCUCGGCAAAGAGAUCAACAACCCUGAGUCAGUGUACUACUGGGCCUACAAGAACGACAUCCCUGUGUUCAGCCCUGCACUGACAGACGGUUCCCUGGGAGACAUGAUCUACUUCCACUCCUACAAGAACCCGGGCCUGGUGCUGGACAUAGUGGAAGAUAUCCGCAGGCUCAACAGCAAGGCCGUGUUCGCCAAGCGCACCGGAAUGAUCAUCCUCGGAGGGGGACUGGUCAAGCACCACAUCGCCAACGCCAAUCUCAUGAGGAACGGAGCAGAUUACGCGGUGUUUGUGAACACGGGGCAGGAGUUUGAUGGCUCUGACUCGGGUGCGAGGCCUGACGAAGCAGUGUCCUGGGGAAAGAUCCGCAUGGACGCCAAGCCAGUGAAGGUCUACGCGGAUGCUGCUCUAGUGUUCCCCCUGCUGGUGGCGGAGACGUUUGCACACAACGCAGCCAGGCUGACGGCCGAGAAGACCGCAUGAGCAGCUCUUCCCGCAGGCGUGUCUCCCUCCCUUCCUCAGUCUCCUCGAGGCAUUCGCCCUGUGUGCUUCACCCUCUUCUGUGUUUAUUUAUUGCUCUGUACGUCCGCCAAACCCAGCUCCGCCUACUCCCUCAUUUACGUCUUUAAGACUCCCGAUUUCUCUCUCCUUUCCCGUUCAGCUCCUUCGUUUCUCCGCUCGUCGCUGACGCUCUCUCUAUUUCUAAUGCUUCUUCCCUCCCUUCUAUUGCAAAUCACGCCCUGCUUCCAUUUCCACUUCUCCCUCUCCUUUAGCAUCUCAGUUCUACCCUCACUGCACAUCUCAGCUGCCCUGCUUUAAUACCUUUAUACUGUCUUAAUUAGACCAAAAAAACCCCAUCAAAACAGUGCUUUCCGUUAGUGUGUGGUUGUCUGUGGCUAGUUUUUAUUUAAAUUAUGACUUUAAUGUGGGGUGUGGAUUGAAAGACUGUUUGAAUGUAAGGCUAAAGCUGUGUGUUGUGCCACACAAUGCCAUACUGUACCAAAGAUGGUGACCAGGGUUUAUCCGCUGGUCGGCUUCGUUAGAUUUUAGCUGCGAGAUAGAAUGUCAGAUGUUCCAAAGGAUGGGCUGAUGGUGUAUUUUUGGGAGCAUAUAAUGUUACUCUUAUUUAGUGGAAAUCCUUUAUAAGUUUUAUUCCUUUAUAAAAGUCCAACAUGUAUGACUUUGGGGAGCCUGUGCUUUGCAUACAUACUUUGAAACCCCGAUUACACUAGCAAAUAAAAGGUGAUGAUAUUCUUUUUUUGACCCUCACAUUAUU